AACCCAAGCAAAGGAAAUGGAUGAACUCCUUCUAAAUGCUCUGGAGAAUCUCUCAGAGGAAGACCUUAAAAAAUUAAAAUUAAAAUUAUGCUAUACUGACUAUGAAGGCAAAGGGACUAUCUCCAAAAAUCAUCUGGACAAGGCUGCUCAUGUCACAGAUCUUGUGCAACUCUUGAUAGAAUUCUAUAGUGAAGAUGCAGUGGAUGCAACUUUAUAUUUUUUUGACAAAAUGUGUGUGAGAGAUUCUGCUGCUCGACUCAGAAAGGCUAUAGAGAAAGAUUACAGGGUGAAGUAUAAAGAACAUAUUAAAAAACAGUACCAGUUAAUAAAAGAAAGGAACUCUCGUCUUGGUGAGAAUGUGAAUCUAAGCAAAAUAUAUACAAAAUUGACUAUUAUAAGCAAGCUUCGUUGCAAAAAGGAGAGAGAACAUGAAAUAAUGGCCUCCGGAUGGAAACAUGCAAAAAUCAUGACUGAACGAGCUCGCUCUUCUGUUACCAUGAACUCUUUAUUUGAUUCUGAUGAAAAUGGACAAACACCACAAAUUGUUGUUCUGCAGGGAGCUGCAGGUAUUGGAAAAACAAUGACUGCAAAAAAGAUCAUGUUAGACUGGGCUUCUGGAGAUGUGUAUGAGAACAGAUUUGCUUACAUUUUCUACAUAAAUUGUAGAGAAAUAAACUAUGGAAGUAAGUCAGGAACAGUGAUUGACUUAAUUACUAAAAAUUGUCCUGACAGAAAUGUACCAAUUAAAGAGAUUUUGUUCAAUCAAGAAAAACUUCUCUUCAUAAUUGAUGGUUUUGAUGAGCUGAGGUUUUCCUUUGAUCAAAAGGAAGAUAGUCUGGGCACAGAUCCCAGGAAGGAGAUGCCAGUAGAAGAUACGUUGAGCAGUUUAUUUAGGAAAAAGUUGCUUCCUAAAUCCUACUUAAUUAUCACUACGAGACCCACUGCUCUGGAGAAACUCCAACAAUGUAUGGCGUGUUCACGCUAUGCAGAGAUACUGGGAUUUUCUGAAGACGACAGGAAGGAAUAUUUCCACAAGUUCUUUGGGAAUAAUAUUGAUGCAACAAAAGCCUUUGAUUUUGUGAAACAAAACGAGAUGCUUUUCACCAUGUGCUUUGUCCCCAUUGUGUGUUGGAUCACCUGCACGGUUAUGAAACAACAGCUGGAGGCAGGUAUAGAUUUUGCACAAAAUUCGAAAACACUCACCGCUGUGUAUAUGCUUUUCUUAUACAGUUUAUUAGAGCCACACGGCCACAGUCGAAACCAAAACAUGCAAUAUAAUCUGAAGAAACUUUGUUCCUUGGCUGCAGAUGGAAUUUGGAAACAGAAAAUACUGUUUGGGGAGGAAGAAAUAAAGGAGUACGGUUUAGAUAAAUUCUACUCUCUCCCCCUCUUUCUGAAUGAGAGUGUUUUUAAAAGGGACAUUGAUUGUGUCUGUGUCUACAGCUUCAUUCACUUAAGCUUUCAAGAGUUUUUUGCUGCUUUGUUUUAUGUACUGGAGGAAGAUGAACAAAUGAAAUAUUCAGUGACUCCCAACAGAGAUGCAAAACUGUUGUUAGAAAACUAUGGAAAAUCUGGAAAUUAUUUAAUGUUAACAGUGCGAUUUCUGUUUGGGCUCUUAAAUGAAGAGAUAAUGAAGGACAUCGAGAAAAAAAUUGGCUUGAAGAUUUCACCUAAAAUAAAGCCAGAUUUACUGAAAUGGGUAAAACCAAAAAAAUUGUCAUUUUCCUCAUUGCACGAUGAGCUGAUUUAUAAGCUUGAAGAGUUUCACUGUUUGUACGAGAUCCAAGAAGAAAGUUUUGUGAAAAGUGCUUUGGAUCGUUUCACCGAAAUAGAUAUAUAUAAUUACCCUUUAACCCAAAUGGAUCAAAUGGUUAUUUCAUUCUUUGUAAAGAGUUGUCCUACACUGAAGUCACUUUGGCUGUCUGUAUGUAAAUUUGGAGUUGAAGACAAGAAUGAAGAAUUAACCCCACCACCAGCUAAGCGGUUAUGUCUGCAAGAACAGGCUGAACCAAAUAAUUCACCUGUCUACCUGCUGUGUCAAGCACUGAAGGAUCCAAACUGCAAAUUAAAGAUAUUGAAGUUAGAGAAGUGCAAUCUCACAGUUGCUUGUUAUAGGGAUCUGUCCUCUGCUCUCAGCAUUAAUCAGACCCUGAGAGAGCUGGACUUGAGCUAUAAUGACCAGAGAAACCGAGGAGUGCAGGACCUAUGUAAGGGACUAAAACAUCCAAACGGCAAACACUCAGGUAAGUUGGAGAGGUGUGGUCUCACAACUGGUUGUUGUGGGUCUCUCUCCCACAUGCUCCGUACCAACCAGACCCUCUCAGAACUGGAGCUGAAGUGGAAUCAACUGGGAGAUUCAGGAGUGAAACUGCUGUGUGAAGGGCUAAAAUGUCAAAAUAGCGGAUUGCAAAAAAUAGUAUUGUGGGGUUGCGAACUUACAGCUGAUUGCUGUGGGGAGCUCUCCUCUGUUCUCACUACCAGAAAGACCCUGACUGAGGUUAACCUGAAUUUAAAUGAACUGGGCGAUUCUGGUGUGAGGCUGCUGUGUACGGGGCUGAAACAUCCAGACUGCAAACUGCAGAAACUGUGGUUAGAUAAGUGCGGUCUCACAGCCAACUGUUGUGGGGUGCUCUCCUCUGUUCUCAGCACCAGCCAGACCUUGAUAGAACUGAGCCUGAACUUGAAUAAACUGGGCGAUGCAGGGGUGAAGCAAUUGUGUAAGGGACUGAGACAUCCAGACUGUAAACUGCAGACACUGGGUUUGUUUAGGUGUGAUCUCACAGCUGAUUGUUGUGGGGAUCUCUCUUCUGCUCUUGGUAUGAAUCAGGUCCUGACAGAGCUGGACCUGAAGUGGAAUCGCCAACUGGGAGAUUCAGGAGUGAAGGUGCUUUGUGAAAGACUGAAACAUCCAGGCUGCAGACUUAAGAAAAUAAGAUUUUCUUGGUGCAAUCUUACAGCUGAUUGUUGUAGCGAUCUCUCCACUGUUCUCAGUACAAAUCAGAUCCUGACAGAGCUGGACCUCGGGGAGAACAACCUGGGAUAUUCAGGUUUGAAGCUGCUGUGUGAAAAACUGAAAGACCAAAAUUGCAAGCUCAGGAAAAUAAGGUUGCGGUGUAGCAAUAUGAGUGAAGAAAUGAGGAGAGAGUUGAGCGCUGUGGAAACAAUGAACCCUCAUCUGGUCAUACAGCUAUAAUGUUGUGCCCCCCAAGAAGGGCAACAGCUAACUUACCUUCAGGGUGUUAAUGAUUGUUUCUACUGGGUGGAGCAAUUGAUAAUAUGGCAAGUAUACUGCAGUCAUGUUUGUUUAAAAAAAAAAAGGCAGAAUUUUGUUUGCCUGAUCAUGCUAGGAGAAAAACAGCAGGCAGUUCCUUGCUAGGAAACCCCCAAGUCUGCUAUGUAGGGACCUGUGCCCAAGAAGCCCUAUCUCUUUGAUUCCUCUCAGGUCAUGUUCACAACUUCUGCUGGCUUGCUCACUCCAACACACACAACCUGCGGGCAGUAUCCUAGUCCCUGUAUUUGUAUGGUUUUUUUCCCCAUACAUUUCUUUUUUUGCCUUAUUUUUAAAAUAGAAAUUCCGGUCUUGGCAGACUGUGCAGCUGCAUCUACACUAAGAUGUUACAUGAUACUUCUGUAACGUGAUGCUCAAAGCAGUGCCUCUCUGUUACUGGUAGCAAUGGUGGGAGUGGGCACA